AUCAUUGUUGAACUCGAAUCGAAAAUUUCUACUCAAUGCAGCACAAUAGCGCAGCUGAAGGUUGAGCUCAGCGAAUGCGAAAAUGAACGGGACGAAAUAAAAGAACGAUCAGAAACUUUCGCCAAACAGAUAGCUGAACUUAGCCGUCAGAACAUGGCGAAAGAAGAGAAAAUAACGAUGUUGGAGGCUGCGUCAAGGGAGGCAAGACACGCUGAUUUACGACAAAAGCUAGAAACUUUGCAGUCAGAGUACGACUCACAAAAGCGAAUUUUGGAGAAGCAGAAGCUACAAGCUGCAGAGUGGAGGAAUCAAGAGCUUACUGACGGUGUCGUGGAAGCUACGAGACCGUUGAUGAAAGAAAUCGAGUCGCUGAAGGCGUUUUACCGGAAUCGUCAGGUCAACUGGGAACAGUCAGAAAGGUUGCUGCACGAUCGCAUACGAGAUACCGAGAGAAAAUUAGCGGCGGCAAAGCAGAAUGAAACUGCCACACUGGAAUCGUACAAAACAUGCUGCGCUCGGCAGAAAGAACUAGAAAACAGCCUGUCGAAGGUGGUCAGAGAGAAGGAACAGGUCGAGGAGUUGCUCACAUCUGUGCGGCACGAUUUACAGCUCGCUGUGGAAUCUGAAAAAAUGACCUCUUCUUCAUUGGAGGCUGAACGAAAGCAACACGCUCAAAUGCUUGCAGAAAUGAAGAGACGUGAACAGGAAAUUUCCGUCACCGCUCUUGAUACGGAUGAUCUCAAGGAACGGCAGCGUCUGGAGCUGGUUGUAAAGGAGAUGAAAGAGAAGCUAGCCUACCAGGCAGAACUCUGGGAAAGUGUUGACAACAUCGCCAACGUUUCCUUUUUAUCUGAGCACUUGAGGGAACGGCUGCAAGCUAAAGAGGGCGAAUUCAAAGCCAUGCGAGAAGAAUACCGAAAGGUUUUAGCGACGCGAGACGCUCUUGCAGCCGAAAUCACCAAGCUCAACAACGAACUGCAAGAGAAUCGAUCAGCGGUAGCCGAGCUUUCGGAACUGAAAGAUUCUUUUCAGGAUUUGAACAACAGGCAUCAAGCACUGUUACAGCUGUAUGGUCAGAAAAUCGAGGAAGCCGACGAACUACGUAUGGACCUUCAAGACCUCAAAGACAUGUACCGGCAACAGGUAAAGUGA